AUGAGUGCCUACAUUGUCCUUGCAUCGUUUGCAGAGAAAAUUUCGUUUCCAGUUUCGUUGAUCAGUUCAGACAGAUUUAAACAGACCUCACUUUACUCCAUCCUCUCCAAAUACCAAAACAUUCUUGUGAACACAAACGUCGAGUACUUGGUUGGGUCUUAUGAGUUCAAGGAAAUCAAAAUCCUAGUGAAGUAUGCACAAAACUACCCCCUCACAUUUUGUUAUAACCAAACACCGAAACACAAAGUGUAUGAAAGAGCUGCAGUAUUGUUAAAACACGGUGUUCCAUUAAGUUGUGUCUUAUCGUACUUCCAAAUUGAUCAACAAAUCGACUUUUUAAAGGUUUUAUUUGUCUCAAUGAAUUCUAGUGUUCUUACACGUGUUGUUCAAAACACCCUUUCAGUGAAUGAACAAGCAAUAAUUCAUGACACUAUUCAACAACUUUUACUUGGAAAAGUCGACGACGAUUACAGAAGACAGAGCGUCAUCGAACAACUCCGUCUCUGGACAAAAGAUACUAAAGGACGUGUAGUUGGGUAUCUCAAGACCAAUUUUCUUGGAACAGUGCCAAUCAGAAAACACACCACGCGGAUCAAGUCGUACAGUUGUGGAUUAUCAUUGAAAAAAGAAGACCCCGUCGCCGACUCUUUCUUUCAAGAAGAAAAUGAAACAAAUGGAAGUGUUCAAAGUAUUACCUCUGCUCUUACACAUGAAGCUCGUCAAGAAGAGAACAUCAGUGAAAAGGAGAUAGAAAAGAAUUUUAAGAGGUAUUCUAUUGUUGAAAACGUUCAAGUGUUCGACGAGAAAAGAAAGAAGAGAAGAAGUUAUAGAGAGAAGGGUGUCAAUGUUUCAAAAGUCCUUUCAUUCUCUUCGGAGAGUAAAAAUGAGAAUAAGGAAACAAACUCCGACGAUAGCGUCAGUCACCCGGAGAAUGAGAGAACUUGUAUUGCAAGUGAUGAAAAUUUUCUAGGAAAAUUUUGUUGCAACGUGAGUGAACGAAAACGAGCAAGUAGUCUUUCCAUAAAGCGAAAUCUCUAUUUAGAAGACGGGACAAAAACGAGUCCUGAGAAGUCACCGAAGCAGAUGUUAUUCAGACAGACGUGUGAUUCGACUUUACAAGAUCAAGUGACGCAAUUCAGAAUAUGUCAAAUGCAAAGAGUGAUUCGUGGGUUUCUGACAAGACGCGUGUGCACAUUUAAAAUGAUUUCCAAGCGCAAGAAAGUGUUUAACGAGAUGGCUCAAACAGAAGAAACUCUCUACAAGACCAUGCAGUUGUUGGUAAAGUACUUCAAAAGGCCAUUAGAAACUAUGGCAUACACUUCCACUGAAAAGGGGGGUCGGCAAGAUAAUGAAAAGGGCUUAGAAAUCUUAGGGAUAACCGCCCCCACACAAGAGAAUGUUGAUCGGAUCUUUAACCCUUCUUUCCAAAGUGUCUGUGAAAACUGUUUAAUAGUGAAAGACAAAUUGAAUCGGUGUUUACACACUUUUAAAGCUGAGAGUAUGUGUGGGAAUUCACUGUUAGACUGUUUCACUCAUGUGAUACCAUUACUGCAAUAUACUAUACACUACAACUACUCUCUUAAAGUCUGGAAACAACUCUCUACAAAGAACCCACUUGUUAUCGAACUGGUCAAAACUAAUAAAAUGCAACAAGAAUUGGAACACCAAGUACUCGAACAAUUGUUGAUUCAACCAGUUCAACGUGUGAUGAGAUACCCUAUCUUAAUCUCUGAAUUAAUUAAAACUACACCAAACAAACACCCAGACAUCGUCGUAUUAAAUAAAGCUUAUAGAAAGUAUCACACGUUCUCUAAAGUAGUCGACGAACGCGCAACAGCACGAGACAACUUGUACGUGGAAUUUGAAAAAAGAAAUCUUCUGGAGUUCUUUACAUCUAACAGAGUCUUGUUUUUUAAAGGAGACGUCGACUUGGGUGAGAAAACAAGUGGCGUUGUAUUGAUAGUCAACGAUUUGAUUCUUGUCAUCAACGUACAAACCAAUAAAGUAUUUAAAACAUUUGAAAUUGAUGACCAAGUCAUAUCUUCACCUGAAAAGAAUACCGUCGUCAUCAAGAAUUUGUCAAGUUGCGCAGUCUUCAGAGCAUCUUUUAUCACCAAUGAAUACGCCGAAAAGUGUUCUAAAGUCAUUCAAAAGAUAGUGGACGAAAAAUGGUAUGUUCUUAACAACAUAAAUCCUCUCUUCUACAUAUCAAAGUACUAA